GCAGGAAGUGAGACAGUACACACGUGCGAAGAAGAGCGUCGCCUGAAUGAAAUACUGUAACGUUAGUUGCUAGGUCACUUAAAUGACCACAUUAGUGUUGGGUUUAAGUGUAGUGUAGUUUCUAAACACCCUGUCACCGGGAAUUAUCCUCAUUGUUGUGGUAAAUGGCGGAGUGUGCAGAAGACAGUGAUGCGGAGAGCAGAAUCAGUUAUGGAGAUUAUAUUGUGCUGAAGAGAGGAGACGUCUUCAAAUCUGUGCAGGUCGAGAAUAAAAAAAAGGUGAUUUUUGAGAAGCAAUGGUUCUUCUUGGACAAUGCAGUCGGUCAGCUGUACGGGACGAUGUUUGAAAUUGAAGCCGGUGGUUCGCUCCGAGUGAAGAUGGUGAAGCGUGCCGGGAGCUCUUUGAGUAAUGAUGAUUCUAAGGAAGCAGGCCAAGAUAACAGACAUAUAGUGGAUGACGGCAGAUCACAAAAACUGACCAGAGAUGAUAUCGAAACGCUGAAAGAGCAAGGGUUAAAGGGCCAGGAGAUCGUUCAGCAGCUCAUAGACAACAGCACGACAUUCAAGGACAAAACUGAAUUUGCUCAGCAGAAAUACAUCAAGAAGAAAAAGAAAAAGUAUGAAAGUGAUAUUACAUUUCUAAAACCCUCCACUCGACUCCUUGCCAUGAUGUACCACGGCAGAGAACCUGGAAAAAUAUGUCACCUACGCUAUGAUACUUUGGCACAAAUGCUCACUUUGGGCAACAUCCACGCUAGCAGUAAGAUCAUUGUUUUUGAGACCUGCGCCGGACUCGUUCUUGGUUCUGUGAUGGAGAGGAUGGGAGGUUAUGGCUCAGUGAUUCAGAUGUAUCCCGGCGGUGGGCCGACCAGAGCCGGCAUGGAGAGUUUCGGUUUUCCGUCAUCCUUCCAUGAGACGCUGCACGAGUUUCCGAUGUGUAAGGUUAACGCUCUGCUGGCGGGAACUCUGGAUUUAUCAGAGAAGGACACGGACUCUCGGACCGAUGGGAGCAGGGACGGACAGGUGCAUUCUUCUCAGCAAACCUCAGGUGUGUUUGAGGAAGGGAACACAGAACCUCAGCGCAUGGAAGUCAGCAUUGACCCGGAAGAGGAAAUGAAGAGAGAAAAACUGAGACAACAGCGGGCACAAGAAAAGAAAGUGAAGAUGGAGGAAAGGAGGAAAAAACUGACCUCAGCUUCUGCACUGCUGCAGAGUCGAGAUGCAGACGGGUUGGUCAUUGCUAGUCGCUUCCACCCUUGUCCCGUGUUAAUGCGUCUGCUGAAGUUUGUGGCACCAUCACGGCCGUUCGUAGUGUACUGCCAGUACAGAGAGCCUCUGAUCGAGUGUUAUACACAGCUCAGGGAACAAGGCGGAACAAUAAACCUCAGAUUAACAGAUUCCUGGCUCAGGCGGUACCAGGUGCUGCCCAACAGAACCCAUCCGGUGCUGCUCAUGAGUGGAGGCGGCGGGUAUCUCCUGUCCGGGACCACGGUUGCCAAAUCUGUUAAUCAACAGAAAUCGGAGGAGCCAGCUGCUAAGAGGCUGAAACUGGAUGUGAGCAGUCCGUCAUGUGAAAGCACGACCUAGCAGCUUAACUUAUUUAAAUAAGAUCACACAUUCAGGCACUGAGUGUGAUGUUUUGAUUUGUGUUUAUCUGGAAAAUGUAUGAAUGUUUUAAAAGGAUCAAAAUGACCCCGUAACACGCCGCUUUAUUUUCUGUAUCGGUUGCAAGAGUUUGUUUAAGGUCAUUUUUUAUUUUAGGAAUUUUCCUGGCUGUCUUGUUUAUUUUUUUAGGAAUAGGUUUAGUAAAUCAUCGCAUAAGCGGACACUAAAUUGUGUUUUUAUCAUUUGUUUGAAAGCUACUGAUAACCACAUUUAUCAGCUUUGGUCCCAUAACAACACAUUUUAUUAGAUGCAAACAGUCAGGAAUGCAGAGAAUCUAUUAUAGGCCAACGGCGAUUGUAAAACACGUACUGAAACUUGGAACAUUGAGUAGCAUGCUGUUAAACCCUUCAUUUCAGAUUUGCAAUUCAUAUUAUUAUACAGGCAUUUUGUUUUCUGUGAUCUUUUAGAAUAAGCAAUAAAGUUAGAAAGGAUAUCA